CCUGCGAUUUUUGUCUCCAGUCGCGCUACCACGAUACUACGAUACGCUUUGCCUGGAUUCACCAAAUAUACUAGAUUCCUUAUACCGCCAGAAUGUCUCUAGCCGGACCAGCAGGCAUGCCCAUUAACCCCGAGGAGACGGAGAACUUCGAGGACAUUGAGAAGCAAUUCGCCGUUAAAGUCGUCCAGCAUAUGGAAACAUACUGGAAAAUCCUCGAGAAAGUGCCCGGUACCAAGUUGCGACUCACCAAGAUCGACGACGAAAUCUACGAGCACCUUAAGAAAGACUUUCCCGAAUUCGAUGCGUCGGCCACAUUAAACGAGGAUGAGAUGAAGAGCAAAGAAGGCAAGGAACGGUGGCGCAAGUUCAUCGCCGAGUACGAAAAGAAAGUGGAGGACUACAACUUCGGCACAAUGAUACGCGCAAACCCCAAGGAGGAGUACAGCCAAGAGGGCACCAUAUUUGCCGUACGAAUGCAGUUCUAUGCCAUCGAGAUUGCACGGAACCGCGAAGGUUUAAACGACUGGAUCUACGAAAAGGCCCAGGGCAAAUAGACACUGCGUGGUGAAUCUGAAAUAUAUGAACAACAACCGAUCCGACUUACAAGGGAUGCCAAUAGUUUUAUGCAUGUCAAUGUCCGGGCCAUAUCUUGUCCCGCCGUGUGUGCCGCAUGCAAGCAAGCUUGUGUUCUUUGUUCACAAGGGCUGAGCCGACCCGUGAACAGCCAUCAUGCAAGCCAUCCGUUUGGCAACCAAAAUAGAGCUUGCUGGAAUGACAAAGUCAUGGGGGUGUUUCUACAGUUUGUAUCAAUCUUUCUAAGCAUCCCGUAACGAUCACGAU